AUGAUCAUUACAACAUGGAUUGUGUACAUUCUUGCCCGCAAAGGUGUAGGGUUCCCCUUCCCACCAAAAACCAGUUCGGACAUUGAAGUUGUGGAAAGUGAGGCUGUGUCUGUGGUACAGCACUGGUUGAAAAAAACUGAAGAAGAGGCUUCCCAGGACAUAAAGGAGAAGAUGUCCAGCAACAACUCUCCUACCCGUGGCCAAGAUAUACAUGUGACCAGAGAUGUGGUAAAGCACCAUCUCUCAAAGUCUGAUUUAUUAACAAACCAGAGUCAAGAGGUCCUGGAGGAAAGAACUAGAAUCCAGUUCAUAAGAUGGAGUCAUACCCGUAUCUUCCAAGUUCCAAGUGAGGUGAGAGAGGAUGCUAUGCGGGAUCGGAUAGAACAGGUGAGACGAAGGUAA